UGUUUAAUCUGGUAACCUUUUCUGGUGAUUUUGGGAAAAAAACUUGUGGCAACACUGAUCAGAACGUUUGAAAGGAAUUGCGGCGCUUUCAGGUGUAAAAUUCUUUUUUGAAACUUGUAAAAUAUUCCAAUAAGCAGAUAUUUGUGUUGAGUGCAAAAAAGUUUAUAAAUGUAGAUUUGUGCUAAAGUGAGGCAGUGCCCACAAACAAUUGACUAGCAAUUAUCAAAAACUUGCAAACCAUACUUGACCCAUUUAAGCCGCACUCAUGACUCGAAAGAAAUGCUGUCAAACGACACAAAUUUUAUUAAGCAGCAGUGAGGAAAGCUAAUCACAACCAACGAAGAUAGACGCUUAAAAUAUAAAAACAUUGUAUGCUUUUCAAAAUAAAUAUUGCAGUGAAAUAUAAUUAACUUAAUCAAAAUAACUUUUAUAUCAACACAGAUAAUAAAUAUAGUCUAUUUAUUAUCUGCGGCAACAAAAAAGUCUGAGCCACAAUAGAGGAGCUCUCAUAGAACUGAAGUGAAGCGUGCAUUGAAUUUGUGAAAAGAGAAAGUAGGCAAAGAUAAAUUACUUUUACGCCGAUUCAAUAAGAAAGUACACGUAAUUCAAGCUGAUUUACUUAUAAAACUACACCAUGAUAAAAGAGAACGUAAAGCAGUCCCACUCCGAUAAUGUAAUAUCCAAUGGAAAACCAUUGGCCAACAGUAAACCUGCUGCUAAUGGUAAAGUUUUACAUACCGAAGCCAAUUCCCUGCCACCGCAAAAAUCUGUUAUAACUGCGUAUUUUUUAUGGUUAUUUGGUGGUAUAUUUGGACUACAUCACCUUUAUUUGCACCGCGAUCGACACGCCUUCAUUUGGUGGUGUACAUUGGGUGGUUAUUUUGGUGUCGGCUGGUUGGCCGAAAUAUUUCUGAUACCCGAAUAUGUACGGGAUGCCAAUGAAGAUCCCACCUUUAUUAAAUCAUUUAUAGCACGUUUGCAAACAAAUCGUCGGCCACCGUACUCCGCAAAGCGUUUUGUUGGCGAGGUCAUGAUCGGUUACCUCUUCGGGCAGUUGCUGCUUAUGGCAAUACCGGAAACCAUCUUUGGUGGCAUAGAUUGGAGUUUCCUACAUUGGCUUAUACCAGUGUUUGUGUCGCUGGGCGUUUGGACUGUGGGAAAUAUUGGGCGUGAACGUGGCGUAUGGUGGCAUUGCUUAAUUGGUGCCGUUGUUAUAUAUCCUGCUCGCUAUUUCAUCUACGACGAGACGUAUUCUUUAUUACUAACUGCGCUGAUUUCUGCCUUAGUUUUUGACACCUAUUCAAAACAAUGGUUGCGCACACCACCAAAACGUCAUGGCAUUGCAGUGCGCUCGCUAAAAUUGACUGCUGCUCUGCUGGUGUACUUCUCAUUUUGGGGUUGUUUCCUUUACUUCAACGGCACUAUUUCCGAUGACGAUGGAGGGGAAGUGCCUAUACACGAAGCUCUGCGAAAUUUCCUUACAUCCGAUUGGUGGACAGAUUUUACUAAGGCUCUUAAAGAUACUUAUCAAUAUGCGCAACACCAUGGAUGGUAUGAAACUUGGAAAGAAAUUUUCGAAAGUAUGGAUGUGGAUGGAGAACGAAAUUCCUACAAGGUGUUGGGUGUUAGUGCGACCGCAUCGCAAGCUGAAAUUACAUCAGCAUAUAGACGACUCUCCAAAGAGUUCCAUCCGGAUAAAGUUAAAGAUGAGAAAUUCAAAGAAGCUGCAAAUCAACGGUUUAUUGAAAUUCAACAGGCCUACAAUGUGCUAAGCAAAAUUAAAUCAAGUCGCCGACGCAAAAACAAAAAAUCGAUUGAAGAGGAACCAAUCGUACUGUAGAGAAGAUGAAAAAAGUGCUGCAUUAAAUAAUUUAACAAAUGUCAAUUAAGAAAAAAUUAAUUUUACAUAUUAUUUAUAAUCAGCUUACACUUGAAUUAAGCGUCAUUAUUAUUUAUUAAUCAGCUUACACUUGAAUUAGGCGUCAUUAUUUUUUAUUAAUUUACUUAAUUUAUAAAAGCUUAAUUCAUAAAAGAUAAAAGAGUAGUAUUUAGCUUGAUUAAAAUCCUUAGAAUAUUUUACUUUUAAAAUUGAGAGUACAUACAUAAGUAUCGAUUAUCUAUUUAUUUAUGGAGUGUCACAUAAUUCACGCAUGAUUUAAAUAGACACAGUUUUUUCACAAUUCAAUUUUUUGUUUUAUUUAAACAUAAGGCACAUAGUACAUGGUUGUGUUUGGAAUAGCACAUCGGGCAAAUGAUUGUCACGGUACAACAAGUGAAUGCGCAUGUCUCGAGUAACAUCAUCCUACAUGGAGAAGUUCAUUUUCAUCUUGAUGGCUUUGUUAAUCGUCAUAAUUAACCAUUUUGUGUUUAG